AUGAAAGUAUAUAAAGUCGGCGAUAUCGUUGACAUAAGGGGCAAUGGUGCAGUUCAGAAGGGUAUGCCACACAAAGUGUACCAUGGCAAAACUGGUAGAGUAUACAAUGUCACACAACAUGCACUCGGUGUCAUUGUUAACAAGCGUGUCCGUGGUAGAAUCCUACCAAAACGCAUCAAUGUCCGCAUUGAGCAUGUCAAGCACUCCAAGUGCAGACAGGAUUUCCUCAAGAGGGUGAAGGAAAAUGAGAGGCUUCUGAAGGAAGCUAAGGCAUCUGGCAAGAUUGCGAACUUGAAGAGACAACCAACAGGACCUAAACCCGCUCACAUUGUUAGUGGUACAGAGAAACCUGUAUUACUGGCUCCCAUCCCCUAUGAGUUUGUAGCCUAA